GAGCAGGGUGCCGCCGCCGUACGUGGGGCUCGCAGGGUCCGCGUGCCAGCUACAUAGAUGCGAUGCGCCCCGCCGUACAGCGUGCACCCCGACCAACGGUGCAGCGCCGGCUAGCUAGUGUCACCAGCACGUACAACCAGUCACGCUCACCCGGUAGCCAAGCCUUAUCACAACACGUCCUCUAGCAGCACCAGCGGGCCGGAGCAAAUGGAGGACGACUUCACCUUCCCGGCGCCGGGAGGGGGACGCCACGACGACGGCCCGGCGGCGCUGCCCGCCACCCACCUCGGCAGGAUACAGCUUCCCGGCGUUGCAGCUCCAGGCGCGCCCCCUCUGUGGCCGUUCGCGGCCCCGCCCGUCGGCGCUGCAGCGACGGUGAAGGAAGAAGAGGCUCCGGCGCCAGCGUCAGGGAGAGGAGACGCGCGGGAGGAGGAGGAGGAGCGGGAGCUGGAGCGUCUCGUGGCCGCCGACGAGGAGAGGAUGGACCUUCUGUUGGAGGGCGCCGCCGCAGCGACGGCCCCGGCGUCAAGGAGCGGCGGGCGUGUAGGUGCACAGCUGCCAGAGCGCCGUGCCGAGGCAGAGGAGGAGCAGAAGGCGCGCACGGCCGCUGCCGACGCGGAGAGGAUGGACCUGCUGUGGGAGAGCUUCAACGAGGAGCUCCUCCUGCGGCGCGCAGGCUCCAAGGCCGCCGCCGAUCAUCCCGACGGAGUGGCCCGGCCGGGGCUAGAAGACCAAGGCUCGCACUUCUGCCACUCGCCGUCGGACGCCGAGUCCGAGGAGACGUCGUCGUCGGAGCGGCGGUACGGGUGCGCGCCCACGAUGCUGAGGGCGUCGUCGCGGGCCGGCGGGGCCGGGCACUUCUGCAGUAGCCCCCGCCGACGGAGCCGGGGCCGCGGGACGGCGGCGGCAGGGGGGUGGGCGCUGCUGCUGAGGCUCUUCCGGAGGCUGCUCGCCGUCGACAAGACGGCGUCCCGCCCCCACAGCAUCUACGUACCAUGAUGUUCCUACUCCCGAUACCACAGCAUCUUACCGCAAUUACAUAUUUUUUUAAAAAAAUGGAGAAGCUAGCUCAAUUAACCAAAUGCUUGUACCUCUGGAACUAGAGUUCUGUAAAUAUCGACAAAAGCAAGGAUCACUUUUUGCUCUGGAUAUGUUUUUUCUUGCUCCCAUUUAUUUUUAUUUUUUGAGGUGGUGUGUGUGGAACCGUGGAUGAGCAAAGUGCUGUGAUUAAAGGAAAAAUAUAUCCCUUGCUAAUGGAGUAUCA